GUUGAUUGCGGGAAACUUCAAUGUUUGAUUUAUGAGUGACCUGCUUCACCAGUGUGACACAUCAAGAUCAUGACCAGCAGCAAUAACAAAGAACUGGCAACAAUAUAGAUUUAGAGAUGUCAACGACAGAUGUAGCAUUAUGCCAGGCUUUUUUCGAGUCAUAUGCUUUGGCACACCACAAAGAAGAUUUAUUGACAAUACUUCUGCAAGAAGAUGAAAGCCAGCAUUUUUCUGUUGUUAUCAAUGCACUCACAAUGUUCGAAGACAACAUGGAGAUCAGUGAAUUGCUCUUGAAUCAUCCUCUGCAAGUUUUACCCAUUCUAGACAGUUGUCUUGUUAAUGUCAGCAAAGAUAUCUACAGGAGGCAUCCACAAAAAGAAGAGGCUAUGGCAUUGAAACGAAACAUACAUGGGAGAUUGACAGGCUUACCUGUGUGCCCUGAACUGACUCGAUCAAAUAUUCCAAGGACUUGUGAUGUAGGAAAUUUCCUGUCUGUAUCUGGGACUGUUAUCAGGACAACUCUUGUUAAAAUGUUGGAGUAUGGGAAGAAAUACAUGUGCAAUAAAUGCAACUAUAUCUUCAUGGUAGAAGCGGAUUUUGAGCAAUUCCUGACAACCAGCCGGCCAGGCAGAUGUUCAAACCCAGAUCUCUGCAAUUCUGUGAAGUUCACUCCUCAGUCUGGUCCAGGAUGCACCCAGUGUCGAGACUAUCAGGAGCUGAAGCUGCAGGAGCAAGUGCAGAAGCUGGCGAUGGGCAGCAUUCCACGAUCCAUGGCCGUAGUGCUGCUUGACGAUCUCGUGGAUUCAUGUAAACCCGGCGAUGACGUCACCAUCUGUGGAGUGGUGAGAAAGAGAUGGAGAUCGUUGAGUAUCGACAGCAGACCUGAUGCAGAGCUGGUCAUGGAAGCAAAUCAUAUCCAAGUGAACAAUGCACAAAGGGGGAAUUUCAGUGCAACAGAUGAACUGCAAGAGGAGUUCAAGCAAUUCUGGGAUGAAUACAAGCAGUCGCCUCUUAAAGGUAGAAAUGCUAUUAUCGCAAGCCUUUGUCCACAAGUGUAUGGCCUCUAUGUGGUGAAACUGGCUGUGGCAUUAGUGCUGGUCGGAGGUGUUCAGAAAGAGAAUGAGAGGGGUACAAAAAUUAGAGGGGAAUCACACUUGCUCCUAGUUGGGGAUCCUGGCACUGGUAAGUCACAAUUUCUGAAGUAUGCUGCCAAGAUCACCCCUCGAUCUGUGCUCACGACUGGCUUAGGCAGUACCAGUGCAGGGCUGACUGUUACAGCUGUUAAGGAUUCGGGAGAAUGGCAGUUGGAAGCUGGGGCAUUGGUGCUGGCAGAUGGAGGGAUAUGUUGCAUUGAUGAAUUCAGCAGUAUCCGAGAACACGACAAAGCAAGCAUACACGAGGCCAUGGAGCAGCAGACAAUCAGUGUUGCUAAGGCUGGCCUAGUUUGCAAGUUGAGCGCAAGAACUACUAUUAUAGCUGCUACCAAUCCUAAAGGCCAAUACGACCCAGAUCAGGUGCGCUGGCUGUAGACUCACAAACACG